AUGACGACAGUCCAGCCUCGCACACGCUCCCGCGUAAAUGCCAUGAGACCGACGACCAAGACCCGCUCUCCCGCCGCGAGUUCUACGAGUUCGACACACGCGAAUGGAGCUGGCCUGUCAGUGUUGCCCGUGCUGUUCACGAACUUGAGACUGUUGGAUUUGGAUACCUUGCCGGACUGGCCAGAUGUUAGUCCUGAUACGUUUGCCGCAACCGGAGUCCAGGGGCAGAAGAGGAGGGUGCACUGUAUUGAGUGGAUUUUGGUGCGACUAUUCGAGCUUUGGGAUGCCGGAGAGGCCUCUGCGAAACUCAAGCCCUUCUUUCCACCCGCCGACCAAUUGCAAUCUGUCAAUCUCCGUUCAGCACUACUUCGGGGCCUUGAAACCGCUAAAAAGAACGGCGUGCUCGGCCGAGACACUGUUAUUCGAAGGACCAUGCUCGACGACUGCAAGGGCGAACGGCUCGAGGAACUCCUGACUUCGUUCUCUACAGCUGUGCUCAAGAAGACCCUCGAAGAGAAUAUACAUGCGUCUGAUACAUGUCCGCCUGUUUCUGUCAGUCUGGCAUUUGCAAAUAGAGGGUAUGACGACGACAACAGCGACUUAAAUGCCCUGAUACUAGCAUAUAAAUUUUCGCUGUGCCGGCUCCUGCAUCGGAAAAGCAAUGCUAGGGACUUGUAUAAUGACUUUGCGGAUCUUCUGAGCAUCAAAGAGAGGGCUGUUGCACGACGGUCGGAAGCAAUUCGGGCAAAAGAAGCAGACCCUAAGCGAGACACUCUGUCUAACAAUGCGAGGGAGGAGAUGAGGCGCUUAAUCAGGAAUAACUGGUCUGGAAACGAGGAUUGGAUGCAGACCUUGGUGCACGGUGAUUUCGGUGAUAAGGAGACUGGUUUAUUGGCCAUGCCCUUUGAUAAUGUCUGGCGAGGCCUUCAACAACAGUGCUUGGCGGAAAUUGAAGAGAACUCAAUCGGGUUGUUGGAUCAGCUGGAUAAAAGAGUAUGGGCUCAAAGAGAACGACUAGCGAGGUGGGAUAUGUUCAGAAAGGAGACAUUCGGCCAAUCUGCCCAGGGAGUCGUAUCUCCAAAGAAGCUGCGAGCUGUCGAGAAGAAAACCAACAAGGGGAUCGACUUUAAGUUUUCUGCUCAUACCGAGCUGCAAGUUGGAUCGGACAUUAUUAGCAUGAACAUGGACGUUGGCAGAAGCCCGUCACUGACACCGGAAUACGAGGGCCUGGUGGAGAGGUUAAAACAAGAGCUAUCUCGCAUCAAAGACGUGGAUUCCACUUUCUUGGACCACGUACACAGAAGGCCCUCCGGACAACGCUUUAUGGGAUCGUUUGGACAUUCCUCAGACGCCGCCGAGACCGUCUCCGAGAUAAGCGAACUCGAAGACGAGCCGUACGGACCGCUGCCUGUAUCUUUUCCUGUCAGCGCCAACCGCCCGAAACUAGAGAGUCUCGGACGACAUCCAGUUAAACCGCAAAUGAUACAUUCCGAAGUUUUCAACCAGUCCACCUCAACAACCGGCUCUAUUUCACCACCACAUGAGGAGCCUCCUCAGAAACGACGAAUCCACCUCCCCCCGGUCGAAGACUUUGACGAGAUCGAGCCGCCUCCGUCACCGACUCAAACCACGGCCGACCGUAUCCUGUCAUCCACGGACGGCGCAUCCCCAUCUGCCGCAACCCGCAUCAAGCAGCGGCCGACCCUCUCCCUGGCCCAGCGCACCCGUCUUUCCAUGGCAGGAAACCAUUCCCCAUUUCUCGACGAAGAAACCGCACUGCCCCUCCGACCAGCAUUUAGCGAUAAACAUGGCCCCACUCCCCCUUCUGAACCCGAGUCUAAACCGGCGGAUAAUGAGCCCAUGGAUCUAGCUAGCCGGACGCGGCUCAGCAUGGCUGGCUUUGAAAAGGCACAAAGGAAGGCCCAGCUUGAAAGGAGGAAGAGUCUUCGGAAGAGCAAGGCUUUGCCCAGGAAGGAGGGCAGCUAUUUCCCAAAGCUAGAGGAGGAGCAAGAAGAAGAGGGCAGGGCGGAGCUGACGGAAGAAUUGAUGCUGGAAGAGGACAUGGAGGCCGUGUUCAGAUCGAGGCCGAGGAUCAAGGCCAGCCCUCUGGCAAGUCCGACUAGAGAAUGGGACCAUGAGUAA